CACACUUAUCAUCACCACCACAAAUGGCUGACCGGAACACAACAUCCGGCCAACUAAUCCACCGGCCACCACCACAUAGACCCGCCAUGCAUAACACUGCAAACACCCCAUUUUUGCAAAGACUCCGUCACCGCUCACUCCACUCAACACAACUUAUGGGCAUCAUGGCUCUUCUUAUUUCGGGCUCUAUUUUGUUAUUACUCACUGGGGUCACAAUCACCGUUACAGCCCUCACUUUUGUAUUUUUCUCUCCGUUAAUUAUCUUAACUAGUCCCAUAUGGGUUCCUUUUGGAGCUCUUAUGUUUGUUGUUAUUGCUGGGGUUUUAUCGGUCUUUGGGACCGGUUUAGCCACGGCUGCAACUGUGUAUUGGUUGUACAAGUAUUUUAAAGGUUUGCACCCGGUUGGUUCAGACCGGGUGGAUUAUGCCAGAAGCAGGCUCGCAGACACCGCGAGCCAUGUUAAAGAUUAUGCUAGGGAGUAUGGUGGCUAUUUUCAAAGUAAGGUUAAAGAUGUGGCUCCUGGUGCUUGA